GGAACCUCUCCUGGGUGGCAGAGCUGUCGAGCUGGCCGACAGCUGCUUGUGCAGAGACAAAAUCUGCCGGGGUCUGACAGGCGGCCUUGCGCCUCGGCGUGGGCUCAGCAUGGAGAAGCCGCAGGCUGACAGUGGAGUCCUGGCCCAGGCCACUCACAGCAGGGGCCGGACUGCCCAAGGCUGCUCCAUCAGAUAGGCCAGCCGCGGGCUCAGGCCCUUGGGGUGCCCUCUGACUUCUGUCCAGAUCACCCCCAAGGGGAGCCGGCUGAGCUCCUCUGGAUACUGCAGGGCGUGGCCGCCGCCGCCCUAGGAGUCAUUUGCAUAUUCAUGACCUUGACAAGCAUGCGCACUGCAGAGCCAGGCUCAAGGGUGGCCCGCCCCACCGCAGGACAGCGGCGUCUCUCCUUGCCGAUCCUCCACCAGCCGCCGCCUCCCCUCACUUCAAAGAAGGGCCUGGCGUCCCCCAUACACACAACCACCUGAGAGCCUCGCGCUGGAAGGACUUUGGUGAAGAAGCUGGGAGUAGGUGAGAAGGCCUCCCUUGUGACAGCCAGCCGUGCCCAGGGGCUGAAGCAGGAAUAACCCACCCUCCUGCCUCACCCAUUCCAGAAACUUCUCUACAAACAGAAGCAGCCAAGCAGACCAGCCCCUGCCCCCCCAAAGUGGCUUCCCAAAGCGGGACACACAGGCCUGACAGCUCAGCAGUGCGAGGAGGCGGGAGAGGUGACUACAGCCUGUGGUGAACAUCGGAACUCCUCCGAGGGGUAGCAGACCCACCCCCACAGAUGCGGCCUGAGUGGCAGGAAUACGGAUUCUUUGGAGAGUGGCUGGCUCCCUCUCAGCUCUGUCACGCAAGAGCGCUCUCUGCACUGAGCCAUUCCGCCAAGUGACUUAAAGGGAUUUUAAAAAGAAAGAAAGAAAGAAAAAAAAAAACCCUGGUAAAGAAAGAGGGGGUAACAGCCCCACAGAGGCAUUUCAGAAGAGGUGCGGCCUGUGGACAAAGGACCAAAGUUACAAAGAGCUGCGGUGGAAGUGGUGGCCGGUGAAAGGCCACACUCCCCGGGGACUGACAUUGAGCUGUAGGGCAUGCCCUGCUCAGGCGUCCCCGGGGGUACACACAGAACACACACCCCUCACUCCAGAGAGCCAAGUCAGCAGUGCCCGAGGCCUCGGGUGCCAGAGAUGCCGCUUGGGGCCUGCAGCCACCUCUGAGGCCUCGCCGCGGGACGACGUCAGGACCUCCUUACUCUCUGCGUGCCUCAAGCUACCCGGAGCUGCGGGCUGUGGUUGAGUACCUCUGGGUCUGUUGGUGGCGUGGGGCCAGGGAUGUGAGCGUGGCCUGGAAUUCUGAAGCAGUGACCCCAGUGGGACCCAGCGGCUCAGGGAACAGCAGCAGAGGAGGUGUUGAGGCUCCAGGUUAGGUGGGUCAGGCCUCCACCCGCUGUCCACCAUGGUGGUGGCACACCCGACUGCCACCACUACCACCACACCCGCUGCCACCGUCACAGCCACUGUCGUGAUGACCACAGCCACCAUGGACCUGCGGGACUGGCUGUUUCUCUGCUAUGGACUCAUUGCUUUCCUCACGGAGGUCAUCGACAGCACCACCUGCCCUUCAGUGUGCCGCUGCGACAAUGGCUUCAUCUACUGCAAUGACCGGGGACUCACAUCCAUCCCCUCGGACAUCCCUGACGAUGCCACCACCCUCUACCUACAGAACAACCAGAUCAACAACGCGGGCAUCCCUCAGGACCUCAAGACCAAGGUCAAAGUGCAGGUCAUCUACCUGUACGAGAAUGACCUGGACGAGUUCCCCGUCAACCUGCCCCGCUCCCUCCGAGAGCUACAUCUGCAGGACAACAACGUGCGCACCAUUGCCAGGGACUCGUUGGCUCGCAUCCCGCUGCUGGAGAAGCUGCACCUGGAUGACAACUCCGUUUCCACCGUGAGCAUCGAGGAGGACGCUUUCGCUGACAGCAAGCAGCUCAAGCUACUUUUCCUGAGCCGGAACCACCUGAGCAGCAUCCCAUCGGGGCUGCCCCACACCCUGGAAGAGCUGCGGCUGGAUGACAACCGCAUCUCCACUAUCCCGCUGCAUGCAUUCAAGGGUCUCAACAGCCUGCGCCGCCUGGUUCUGGAUGGCAACCUGCUGGCCAACCAGCGCAUCGCUGACGACACCUUCAGCCGCCUGCAGAACCUCACGGAGCUGUCGCUGGUACGAAACUCGCUGGCUGCCCCGCCCCUCAACCUGCCCAGUGCCCAUCUGCAGAAGCUCUACCUGCAGGACAACGCCAUCAGCCACAUCCCCUACAACACACUGGCCAAGAUGCGGGAGCUGGAGAGGCUGGACCUGUCCAAUAACAACCUCACCACACUGCCUCGAGGCCUGUUCGAUGACCUGGGGAACCUGGCGCAGCUGCUUCUCAGGAACAACCCCUGGUUCUGUGGCUGUAACCUCAUGUGGCUGCGGGACUGGGUGAAGGCCCGGGCUGCGGUGGUCAAUGUGCGGGGCCUCAUGUGCCAGGGCCCUGAGAAGGUCCGGGGCAUGGCCAUCAAAGACAUCACCAGCGAGAUGGACGAGUGCUUUGAGGCGGGAUCGCAGGGCAAUGCGGCCAACGCCGCUGCCAAGACCACAGCCAGCAACCACGCCUCCGCCACCACGCCCCAGGGCUCUCUGUUUACCCUCAAGGCCAAGAGGCCAGGCCUGCGCCUCCCCGACUCCAACAUUGACUACCCCAUGGCCACCGGUGAUGCUGCCAAGACACUGGUCAUCCAGGUGAAGCCACUGACGGCAGACUCCAUCCGAAUCACAUGGAAGGCCAUGCUACCUGCCUCCUCUUUCCGGCUCAGUUGGCUGCGUCUGGGCCACAGCCCGGCUGUGGGCUCUAUCACGGAGACCCUGGUGCAGGGGGACAAGACCGAGUACCUGCUGACAGCCCUGGAGCCCAAGUCCACCUACAUUAUCUGCAUGGUCACCAUGGAGACUGGCAACACCUAUGUGGCUGAUGAGACACCUGUGUGUGCCAAGGCAGAGACGGCUGAUAGCUACGGCCCUACCACCACGCUCAAUCAGGAACAGAACGCGGGCCCUAUGGCAGGGCUGCCCCUGGCUGGCAUUAUUGGUGGGGCCGUAGCUCUUGUCUUUCUCUUCCUGGUCCUGGGGGCCAUCUGCUGGUAUGUGCACCGCGCUGGCGAGCUGUUGACCCGAGAGAGGGUCUACAACAGGGGUAACAGGAAAAAGGAUGACUACAUGGAGUCAGGGACCAAGAAGGAUAACUCUAUUCUGGAAAUCCGAGGCCCAGGACUGCAGAUGCUACCCAUCAACCCAUACCGCUCCAAAGAGGAGUAUGUGGUGCACACCAUAUUCCCUUCCAACGGCAGCAGCCUCUGCAAGGGCGCCCACACGAUUGGCUAUGGCACCACACGGGGCUACCGGGAUGGUGGCAUCCCCGAUGUGGACUACUCCUACACAUGAAGCUGGCCACUCCCAGUGUGCUCACACGGCUCUGUCCAGCCCGCUGCAGUACCAGGAGCCAGGAAGAGAAACUCCGCAGUGACUUUCCCAGCAGAGAGCAAAGUUUGGGGAGGGUUGGUGAACACAAUAGUAGGGUUAAAUUUUAUUUUAAACACAUAGAAGGCAAGAGGGAACUUCAACAUUGCUGGAGACAUAAUUUAUACCAGAUCACGAGAGUUAAGGACUAAUAAUUUAGCAGGAAGGGUUGGAUUGGGCCUUUUUUUUUCCUGAACCAGAUUGAUACUACCUGUACAACAUUUGUGUACACCUCGAGCUCCAUCCUGGGCCAUCGGAAAGAAACGGAUGACCAAUAGACAUGAUGGCGUGGAGCCCCCCACCCAACCAUCCUGCACACGGUGACAGCUCAGUGAAAAGGUUUCAGUUCCUCACAAAAGAGCCAGCGGAAGAAGACUUUUUGCUACGGAGAUACUGUCCUGAAAUCUCUUCCCUGGUUCUUUCCAUGCUGUUUUCUUUCCAGAUCUGCAGAAAUAUGGCGUCCUCCGUGGUAUUCUCCGAACAAUACCAUAGUCAAUUAAAAAACAAAAAAACAAAAGUCGAACUUUUCCUUCCAGUGCCGAGCGCUUCGGUUCCAGUCACCCAACUCCGCAGAAGCUCUGACGGAAGCCGUAGCUUUCCGUGCCACGUGGAGGUGCAUCUGUCUGCCCGCCUAUCGCCAUGUCACGUGUCUCAGUACAGAUGGGUAGAUAGAGCUGCGUGUCUGUCCUCUCCGCACUUCUUGGGUCAGCCCUUGACAUUUCCUCAGACAAUAGAAUUGCAAAAUUUUUGCUUUCUCCUAGAAA